CUCUACUACUCCGUACUCUUCCUCACCUUCUCUUCCGCGCCAUAGUUAUUUACGUUUGAUUGCCAGCUCGGUGUAAUCGCUCGCUAUCUACAUUCCCUUUUCUCUCACUCCUCGUGCCAUUGGGUCCCUCCAAGCGUCGAUUGUUUCGGGCCUGGCCCUUUUGCAGUGACCGCUUUUUCCCUGCCACCUUUACACCCGCCAUGAGCGCGGCGCUGCUCCGGAGUCGUCCGGACCCCUAUGCCCUGACAAGAAUCAGUCUUCUAUCCCGUCGAUACCAGUCCUCGAGGUCGCCAGCAUCCGCAGGUUUCGCUGCCUCCCGAUCACGGCUUCCUCGUCGCACCCCGACAGCUCAAUGCUUAGCAUCGCGUGCCUUUUUCAACCCCCGAUUUUCAGUCCGUCAUAAUUCCACGGCCCCAGAAACAAAUGCCCCUCCACCGAAGUCCGGCCUUCGCAAUGCCCUCUUCAAGUCAUUUGCGUACUGCGGUUUUUUCAUUGUCAUGAGCGGUGCUGCCGUCGUGGCUUUCUUCGUCUACGAUGCGACCACCUACCGUGAGAAUUCGAGCGCGGAAGACAUCCCGGUUUCGGAAUUGGCGCUUAAUCCUCGACGUGGUGGCCCGAAGAACCUCCCUAUCGCGGAAGUCUUGAUUGGUGACAAUGAUUCGGAGGGUAGACUGGAGCAAAAGGAUAAGCCCCGGUUGGUGAUCUUGGGUACCGGUUGGGGUAGCAUCGCGCUUCUCAAGCACCUCAACCCCGGCGACUACCACGUCACGGUGGUGUCCCCUACCAACUACUUCCUGUUCACUCCCAUGCUGCCGUCUGCGACGGUUGGUACUUUGGGAUUGAGGUCGCUUGUUGAACCUGUUCGUCGGAUCGUUCAACGGGUGAAUGGCCAUUUCCUCAAGGGCGAGGCCCAGGACGUUGAUUUCUCCGAGAAGUUGGUGGAAGUGUCUCAACUGGAUGCCAAUGGCAAAGAGCAACGGUUCUAUCUACCUUAUGAUAAGCUGGUCGUCGGUGUUGGUUGUGUAACGAACCCCCACGGCGUUAAGGGCCUCGAGAACUGUCAUUUCCUGAAGACUAUUGACGACGCUCGGAGGAUCAAGAAUCAGGUUUUGGAUAACAUGGAACUUGCCUGUCUGCCUACAACCAGUGAUGAGGAACGCAAGCGCCUUUUGUCAUUCGUUGUCUGCGGUGGAGGCCCGACUGGUGUUGAGUUCGCCGCAGAGCUGUUCGAUUUGCUUAACGAGGACCUCCUACACUCCUUCCCUAAGAUCCUGCGCAAUGAGAUCUCGGUGCAUAUCAUUCAGAGUCGCACCCAUAUCCUGAACACCUACGACGAGGCACUUUCUCGUUAUGCUGAGUCCCGUUUCGCUCGAGACCAUGUGGAUGUGUUGACGAACGCCAGAGUGGCUGAGGUUCGCGGCGACCGAGUCCUCUUCACGCAAGAGGAGGAUGGAAAGCGCAUCUUGAAGGAAAUCCCGAUGGGCUUCUGCCUGUGGUCUACUGGCGUCGCCCGUGCUGAAAUCUGCAAGAGAAUUUCCGACAAGCUUGAGUCGCAGAACAACAAGCACGCCCUGGAGACGGACUCUCACCUCCGUCUAAUCGGAGCUCCCCUGGGCGACGUCUACGCCAUCGGCGACUGCUCGACCGUCCAGAACAACCUCGCCGGAAACAUUAUGUCCUUCCUGCGCACCAUCGCCUGGGAGAAGGGCAAGGACCCUCAGAAGUUGCAUCUCACUUUCCGCGAAUGGAGAGAGGUCGCCACCCGUGUCAAGAAGCGCUUCCCCCAAGCCUCCAACCACCUCCGCCGCCUCGACAAGCUCUUCGAACAAUAUGACAAGGACCAGUCGGGCACCCUUGAGUUCGGCGAGCUCUCCGAACUCCUCCACCAAAUCGAUACCAAACUCACCUCCCUCCCCGCCACCGCUCAACGAGCCAACCAGCAGGGAGAAUAUCUCGGUCGCAAGCUCACUAAGAUCGCUGCCGCUCUUCCGGGCAUGCAGGCCAACCAAAUCGACUACGGCGACCUCGACGAAGCUGUGUACAAGGCCUUCAAAUACAGGCACCUGGGAAGUCUGGCCUACAUCAGCAACGCUGCUAUCUUCGACUUCGGCGGUCUGAGCUUCAGCGGGGGCGUCUUGGCCAUGUACCUCUGGCGCAGUGUCUACUUUGCUGAGAGUGUCAGCUUCCGGACUCGGUGUAUGCUGGCCAUGGAUUGGGCUAAGAGAGCUCUUUUCGGAAGAGACCUCAUGAGCUUUUAAUCUGCUCCCUUCUUCCCUACUUUGAUAUGAUGUAGAUUUGUCCCGUGCCGGAAUGUAUCAGCGGACUGCGGGAUAUAUAUUUUACUGCAAUCACCCGUACCAGCCUGUCGAUGGAAUAAUGCUUUUCUCUUCCAUACCUACUACCAUUUACCCCAUCAAGUUUAUAUUUCCUUUCUUACUACUCUCUUCUUCCCUUUCUAUUCGCUGUAGUGAAUUACGUUUGUGUGGGCGUGGUUGGACGAAUGAAUGAAUUGAUUGUAUGAUGAUCAGGGAGGGAAUUUGUGAGAUAGACAUUUCAGAUACAACAAUUGUUGACCGUGC